CAACUAUUGUCCCACAACCAGGGUCUGGCAUACCAUGGCUCCCUCCGCCUUGAAGAGGUUCGCCUUCAAGAGGUCCAACACAGCCCAAACCGCUGGCGAGGGCUCGGCCUCCAGCUCAAGCGACCAGGAUGCCGGCAUCACCGAGCUCACCGAGUAUCCUGUCUCGAAGAUCGCCGCCGAGUAUGCUGGCGAAGUGCACGCCGACACCUCCGCCGUUCGAAACAUCUCGGAGGUUGAAGCCAACUCGAGAUUGAAUGAGUUCCGCAAGGAGCAUGCGUUCGAUCCCAACAUUCCCGACGUUGCUUUCGAUGCCAUCAAAGAAGUCACCGCCACUCAUGACCACAAGGGCGAGGCUGCUCUUGCAGAAGAGUUCAUCAACGACUCGCCAUACCCUGAGGUCCGAGCUGUCGUGCGCAACUACGAUGAGGAUGUUCCCACCAGCACUCUCCGCGCCUGGACUAUUGGUCUCCUCUUGACCACCGUGGUCUCUGGUUGCAACGCUCUUUUCUUCCUCCGAUACCCCAUCGUCUCGAUCUCAACCUACGUUGUGCAACUUAUCGCAUAUCCCAUGGGCGUUGCCUGGGCAAAGGUCAUGCCCAACACGACCAUCUUCGGCAUCCGCGUGAACCCGGGUCCCUUCAACGUGAAGGAGCACGUCAUCAUUGUCGCCAUGGCCAACGCUGCUUUCGGUGGUGGUACCGGCUACUUCGUCGAUACUGUUGUAUCGAUCGAGAAAUUCUACAACAUCGAGAGUAUGGGCUGGGGCUUCAACAUCCUCUUUGCACUGUCCACGCAGUGUCUCGGAUUCGGUCUUGCAGGCUCCGUUCGAAAGUGGCUUGUGGAGCCGGCGUCUAUGAUCUGGCCUUCGGCGCUGGUCAACGUUGGUUUCAUGUACGCUCUGCACGACCAGAGCCCUAGUGACCCGGCCAAGACCAAUGGCUGGAGCAUCGGCAGAUACCGCUGGUUCUUGUACAUGAUGGCGGCUAUGUUCGUGUGGAGCUUCUUCCCUGAUUGGAUAUUCCCAGCGUUGUCAUACUUCGCUUGGGUUACCUGGAUUAAGCCCAACAAUGUAGUGGUCAACCAGCUCUUUGGACAAUCCACCGGCAUUUCUCUCGGCUUUCCCUUCACGGGCUUCACCUUGGAUUGGGCACAGAUCAACAGUUUCUACGGUAGCCCGCUGGUUGCUCCAUGGCACGCACAUGGCAAUCUCCUGGUCGGAAUCAUCUUCCUUCUCUGGAUUGUCACUCCAGCGUUGCACUACACCGGAGCGUGGUACGCCGAAUACCUGCCCAUCUCUCAAAACGGCAUUACAGACAACACCGGCUCCAAGUACAACACAUCACGAAUCCUGACCCCCGAGCACAUUGUCGACCCGGCAGCAUACGAGGCCUACUCGCCGCUCUUCUUGUCAACAUCCUUUGCGUUGACAUAUGGAGUUUCGUUCGCUACGAUUACUGCGCUGGUCAGCCACACCUAUCUUUACCACGGAAAGGACAUCUGGCGCCGCUGGAAGGCUUCCAAGGGCGAGAUGGAUGACGUCCACAUGAAGCUCAUGCGGAAGUACAAGACUGUCCCAACAUGGUGGUACAUUGCUCUUUUGGCCGUUAUGAUUGCCUUUGCUUUCACCUCUGCACUAGCGUUCCCCACUGAGAUGAAGGCUGGAUCCGUCGUGCUGGCCCUCGUCAUCGCUGCUGCCUGGACCAUUCCCAUUGGAGUCAUUCAGGCCAUGACCAACAUUCAGCUGGGUCUGAACGUCUUCACUGAGUUCAUUAUCGGAUACUUGCAGCCCGGUCACCCAAUCGCCAUGAUGAUGUUCAAGACCUUUGGAUACAUUGUCAUGACUCAAGCGCUUUACUUCUGCCAGGAUCUCAAACUCGGCCACUACAUGCACGUUCCCCAACGAUCCAUGUUCGCCGCCCAACUCGUCGCCACAGCGUGGUCCGCCAUGGUGCAGCUGGGCACAGUUCAAUGGGCUAUGGGCGCAAUUAAGGGCGUUUGCACAAAGGCCGCAUCCAACAACUUCACCUGCGACUACAUCAAGACCUUCUACAACGCUUCCGUCAUUUGGGGUGCUAUCGGACCCAAGCACUUGUUCUCCAGCGGUGCUCUCUACCAGGAUCUGCAAUACUUUUGGCUGAUUGGCUUUUUCCUGCCGUUCAUCCCGUACGUGUUUGCGAAGUGGUUCCCCAAGUGGAGCCUGAUCCGGAAGAUCAACAUGCCUGUUGUGCUCAGCUCCAUGAGCUAUGUUCCACCAUACAGCGCCAUGAACAUUCUCGCCUACUGCUCCUUCGGCUAUCUGUUCAACAAGUUCAUCAAGGACCGCUACCGCGGCUGGUGGAUGAACUACAACUACAUCACCGCCGCGGCUUGGGAUGUCGGUCUUGCGCUGAUGUCCAUCCUGAUCUUCUUCGCUAUCCAACUGCCAACCGGAAAGGUCAUGACGGAUUGGUGGGGAACCACGGUCAUCACGACCACUGCCGAUCAAAUGCAGACUGCUCACCGCCGUUUGCCACAUCUCCUCCAUAUUCAGCUUUGA